AUCCACCUGCAACAGGUGUGACUUGAAUGCUGUGCGCGUUCACCUGCGCCGCGCUGUCACUUCGCGCCGUGGCUCUCGGCGGCUGAGCGGCUUGUGACAAGGGACGGGACCGAGACGGACAACUCGGGCGUUCGCCUGCGAGCUUCGCCGACAAAGACGAGUCGAGGAGUGAAGAAGACGUCUCGAGGAGGGGGGUUGGUGGGUGGGAGCGUGGAGAUGAGUUCCUCAAGCUGACAGGCAGAAGGACGCCGCCGAGAGGGAGUGAGAAGGAGGGGAAGACGUUCAUGCCGAGGCUGACCCCAAGACGCGUUACCUGCCUGGCUCGACCGCGUCGAGCUGCAUCGCCAUGGCCAAGAGAGGCUCGCGUCAAGAUUCGUCCCCGUUGCUCCUUGACAUGAAAAUUGCAGAGCCCAAAGCCCAGGAAAAUGUGAAGCAAAAGAUCGAUGCUGUCCGUGCAAUAUUUCCCAACCGGAGUAAGAAUGAAGUUGUUCUGGUGCUGCAGCACUUUGAUUACAGUGUGGACAACGCCGUGCAUGCCUUUCUCGAAGGAAAUGUCUCAGAAAUUCUGGGUGCCUGGAAUAUGACAAAAAAGAAGACUCCAAAAAAGAAAAAAAGCAAAGCUCAAGACGACAUAGACGUGCAGAAUCCUGAAAGGGCUGAGGCAAAGGUGCCGUCUCAUGCUUCUGCCACGGAGCCUGGGGCAUGUGCAGCCGAGGCAGCCAGCGAAACUUGCUCGGGUGUCAGCGAGCACAGCAGCGUUUUUGAAGCGGGCUGUGACGGUGCCUUGAAAGACGGGUUUCUGCAAGACGCGUUGCUUUCGAGUGAAAGGAGGAGUGGAACGGGUGUCGAUUCCAGACAUUCGUCCUUUUGCUCGGAAAGAGACCAUGUGGACAGUGGUUUCCUGGAGAAUGGUUCUGAUCAGCAGCCGGCGAGCCAACCAUUCAACUCUGCACCUCUCUCUCCAGGUGCGAAGAAAAUUCAUUUUCAGGAGCAAGUGUAUCAUGGUUUACCACAGGAAUGUUCCAAAAGUCCGAUGGGCCAACCUGAAAAUGCUUUUGACAUUAGUAACAGUCGUGGAGUAGUGUCAACGCAUAGUUUAAUUUGUUCAUCCACUUCUUCAGACAGCCUGCCUGGUGCCUCUCCACAGCGUGGGACUGUGAAUCGCCAAACUGAAAUAAGUUUUACACAUCAUGAUGACAGGGAAACUACUUGCUCGUCUUUUAAAAGCAACUUAAGUGCAAUAAGCAAGCAUAGUAGCAGCAAAGUACCAACUGACAAGUGUAGUAACUCUGAUGCAACAAAGAAGACCAGCAAUUUAGUCGAGAAUCAUCAUAACUGUCACAUCUCAGGGCCUGAGUCUAACAUUGACAGUGUGCCACCAGUUGCCAAUGUGGGAUCACAAGGGCAGCAAAAAAGCAAUUUAGCUCAUAAAGAGCAAACAGAUAUCAAAGUAGGUGUGGGCGACAAAGGAAACAUCACAUCCCUAGCAGCAGAUACCAGUGGCGGAGUUUUAAAAACCACAGUUAAUCUUGACAAACAUUCCGCUCCUCCAAGUGCAUGCAGGGAGCAGCCUGGCGGUAUUGGCACAACCAUAACAUGGGAGGACCAAACUAAGGGGAGAGACGGCAACUCAAAUGAUAUUUUGGGAAGGGGAAUAGGUGUUGCCAGUGACAUAGAGAGGAAUGGAAACUCACCUGCCAUGCCUUCCGCUUCGUCGACAGGCACUGUCCACGUGUUUGGCCCGGCAGACAUUUAUAGCAGAAGGGAGAAAAUGUUAUUAAAGCGCAGCGUUAGUUUGGGUACACAACGUCAGGAGAAUGGUGAUGGAGCAGUUGGAACAAAAGUCCAGUUAGACAGGAGGAGAAGCAACCCAGCGAAGGUAGAACAUAACUCUCAAGUAUUUGACGUCAAUUAUGGCUUGGAGAAAAAAGCGACUGCUAUGAGCCUCGGGGACAUCGGUCUGAACUGCACAAAAACGCCGAUCCAGAACAACAGAGACCCUGAUGGUGCAGAACAGUCAGGUGCAGCUGUAGCUGCAGAUGCACCUGACCAGGGUAGAAGGGACAGCCAGACUGGUCGAAGGGACAGCCAGACUGGUAGAAGGGACAGCCAGACUGGUAGAAAGGACAGUCAGACUGGUAGAAGGGACAGUCAGACUAUUGGUCAGGACAGCCACUCUGUUAACGGAGAUACCCAGCCUGCUAGGGACAGUCAAAAUACCAGAACAGAUAACCAACCUACUAAAAGUGACACUUCAUCUCUCAGAAGAGACAGUCAAACUGCUAUACAGGAGAGCGAAUCUGGUCAUCAGGGUAGCUCUACUGACCGGAGGGACAGCCAGCCUAACAGAAGGGAUAGUCAGUCGUCUAGAAGAGAUAGCCAACCUUCCAGAAGAGACAGCCAGUCUGCUGAUAAAGACAACCAAAGUAAUCGUGGGGAUAGCCAAUCUGCGAGGCGAGACAGCCAGCCUAUCAGAAGGGACAGCCAGUCUACUGAUAAAGACACCCAAUCUGCGAGGCAGGACAGCCAGCCUAUCAGAAGGGACAGCCAGUCUGCUGAUAAAGACAGCCAAUCUGCGAGGCGGGACAGUCAGCCUAUCAGAAGGGACAGCCAGUCUGCUGAUAAAGACAGCCAAUCUGCGAGGCGGGACAGCCAGCCUAUCAGAAGGGACAGCCAGUCUGCUGAUAAAGACAGCCAAUCUGCGAGGCGGGACAGCCAGCCUAUCAGAAGGGACAGCCAGUCUUCCAGACGGGACAGCUCAACUGCUAAACAGGAGAGCCAAGUGGACAAUAUGGAGAGCGACGUCUCGAGGAGAGACGACCAAUCCGAGAGGAGGGACAGCAGCCAGUCUGACAGGAGAAACAGUGCAAGUCAGAGGAAGGAGAGCAAUGCAGACAGAAUAGAUAGCAAUACGGGAAGAAAAGGUAGUCUUCCUGGCCGAAAAAACAGCAACUCUGGGCGUAGGGACAGCGGUCCCCACAGCAGAAGGGACAGCAACCCAGAUCAAAAGGAUGGCAAAGGUGGGAGGAGAGACAGCGGCGGAUCCAGCAGAAAAGAGAACCGGAGAAGGCCAGGUGGGAACGUAGAAAAAUCAGUCAAGGAUCUUCAAAGGUGUGUGGUAUCAUUAAACAGAUACCAAACAUUACUCAAGGAAGAAGCAGAAGGUUCCACCAAAAAUAUAAAGGCAGCAUUUUCUGAAAUAACUGAUUGGCUCAUGGACAGGGAGGUGAGCAUCUUCACAGAGCUUGAUAAAGUUAAACACGAAGCGAUGAGCAUACUAAAUGCAAGGCAAAGGAAAGCAACUGAGCUGAAAAAACUCUGUGACAAGAACAAUGCGGCCCAGAUGUCUGAUGCAUAUCUCACAGAUCUGAGGGCUGAGAUCAAGAAAUUUGUAAGUGAGCGUAAAUAUGAUGAGGACCUUGGCAAGACGGCUCACUUCAUGUGGGACAGACAAGCCGUCAAGAAAAUGAUUGACACCUUUGGAAACAUCACCCAUCCAAAGUUUGGACACGCGGUGCCUGUCUCAUUACCAGUGGAUACCCUGCUCGAGGCCAGCACUGUUCACCAAUCUUCAUGCACUACCCCAUCCCAAAGCCAUCCCCUUUCAGCUCAAACUCCUACUCAGGUGGCAACGCUUACUCACAAUAGUCCCCAUCCAGUUCAACAAAGUCCUUCAGCUGCUGCCCAGUGCAUUCCUCCUGCUGCUCCUCCUGUUCAGCUCAGUCCUGUCUCCAUCACGCAAGGCAACUCUGUGGCUGCUUGUCAAGGAAUUCCUGUUGCCAAUUCUCAAGUCAUGUUGGGGCCGAUUAAAAAAAUCUCUGAAGCUAAUUCUGAACAAAGUAACGUAGCUACUACUCAACACAGGCAUGCACCUGUUAAUCAAAGCUCUCUGACCAAUGCACAACAAAGUAGUGUAGCUACUACUCCAUACAGGUCUGCACCAGUUAAUCAAAGCUCUGUGGCCUAUGCUCAACAAAGCAACGUAGCUACGACUCAUCACAGGUCUGCAGCUAUUGCUCAACCCAAGUCUGCACUUGUUCAAGAAAGCCUAAUGGCCACUACUCCACACAGCACUACACCUACUACUCCACACAGCACUACACCAUCUACUCCACACAGGACUACAUCUACUACUCAACACAGCACUACACCAUCUACUCAACACAGCACUACAACUACCAAGCCACACAGCACUACACCUACUACUACACACAGCACUACAUCUACUACUCCACACAGCACUACAUCUACUACUCCACACAGCACUACAUCUACUACACCACACAGCAGUACACCUACUACUCAACACAGCAUGACAGCUGCUACGCCACACAGCACUACACCUACAACUCAACACAGCAUGACAGCUGCUACUGAACUCAGUGCUACAGCUACUACUCAGCGCAACACUAAAGUUGCUAUGCAACACUGCACUGCAGCUGCUGCUCAGCACGGCACAACAGCUACCUCUCAACAGAGCCUUGUAACAAACAAACACAACACGGAGCAUGCCAAACAGCAGAUGUCGAUCACAAUGGCUGGUGAAAGAAGCAACCUUGUUAGUGCCACGCAGAAAUGCUGCGUAACUCCUGCUCACGGUAGACCCACGACCGUGGCAUCGGUUGAAAGGGAUGCACCGCAGAAGGGCGUCGCAGCACCUGUCGAGAGCAAAGCUCUUCUUGCAACGCCUUCUCAAAGCAGCCUCGCCGGUACCCCUGCGAGAAGCUCUAUCGCCGUUGGGAGCAGUCCAACAACAGCUCACGUCAGCCCUGCGACGACCGGGCACAAAAGUUCCGUGACUGCCGCCCAGGCGGGCUCUCGGACUAUGAUUUCAGCUCAGAAUGGUCCACUUGCUGGUGCGCAGAGCUGCUUGCACAGCGGGAGCGCGGCGUCGGACGCAUCCCAGGCCGCCACAACGGUCUCCGCUACCCCAGCAAAGGUGGGUGUGGCUAGACUCACGCAUCGCACUGGACCCAUACUCGGCUACAGAUCUGGCUCGGCCACCAGGGAGGGCAUGACGAGCCAUCAGCACAAUGGAAUGCCAAUCCUAGCCAAGAAAUCUCCAGUCUCCAAAACUGCACCCUUCAGUGUUCCAAUCACAACACUCAUGGCCAGUCCACCUUGUGUUUCUCAAUCCACAACCUGCACCAAUGCCCAUCCUUCCAGCUCCAGUGAAGCCAACAAUAAGCCUCGUAGAACUGGACCCAUCAAGCCCAAGAAGCCUAGUUUGGAUGCUACGGCAACAGUGCCUUCUGGCCAGGCAUUGCAGAGUCCAGAGAAAAGUGCUUCUACGGAGAAAGAUUGUCUUCUGCCUGUGGUGGCUCUGCCACAACGAGAAGGUAGACGAUCAAGAGACACUCUGAAGCCGCCUGUUUAAAGGCCCAUCAUUGUCUUGCCCUGGUGUGUGGGCUGCAUGCACAGGGACAUGCCCGAGUGUCCUGCAGUGAGCUCUACGGAAGCCUAAAUGUAGCCUUUUCUCAUGAAGCAAUCUGCAAACACUUUUCCGCCUGUUUUGGGCUCGGGCAUUUUAUUUAGAGAUCAUAAAAAAUCUUGAACAUCUUUUACAGUUUUUUUGGGGAGCGACUGAUUUUAAAUCAAUCGCCUAUUUAAGAUAAUGCUUGAGGCACUUCACGUAAACUGCAUAAAUUAUGCGUCUCACCAUUUUUAGUUAAACAAAUGUAAUCAACAAUGUGAAAGUAUAUGGGUCGUAUGACAUUGUAAUUUUAAAUGUGUGAUUUCAUCUGCAUUGUGAUGUAUCCAAAGACAUGUUUACGAAAUAAAUAAUAUGUUAAAUAUAUGUUAACUGCUGUACAAACAUUGUUAACAAUGUAACCAUUGUACAGUAUUGCCAAAAUUGAAGAUGUAUUAUUGUGGUAACCACGAUUAUAGACUUCUGUUCUCUAAAGAUUAGGGGGUAGUGGAGAAACAAUGAAAAGUUGUACUUUAACAUUUUGUUCUGGAAUGUGCCUUUGUACAAAGACGUUUAUGCUGCAUUUUAAUGACCAAUUGUAAAGAUGAUCACGUAUUUGAAAUGUUUUAAAUUUGUACUCAAGGAAGGUGAUAUUCUGGUUCGACUAAAAUAGUUUGUGAUGAUGUUUACUUUCACUAUGAUAACGAGGUGUUGAAAUAUGGGUGAAUGAAACUGCUUCUGUGCGAACGCAUUUGUAUCGUGGGAUUACGGUUGAUCUACUUUUAUUUAAAAAAAAAAACCUAUUAAAUCACAGAUGGAGAGUGUAUGAAAAGGCUGUGUGAGGUCAGCUACCACGUGAUCCUGCACUCUACCUUGUGACGUCACUGAAGCGAUACCUUGCUGACUGUAACAUUGUUAAGAUUUAAAAUGAAAGACACGUUUAGUGCGUGUUUGAAUUGCACCGUUUUUUUAAUGGCUAAACAUUUUGAGAUGUUACGGUAAGUUAAGUGUAUGUGGUCAAAUUAUGAAUUAAAGUACAGUACACAUCUAAAAAGCACCGACUUCAUGGUUUGGCACCUCGACACCCGAGGCGCGCGUGAGUAUUGCUACACAGUUCAUCAUUAAAACAACCCACGUGACCAGAGGCAGCUCUGUGCACUUGCAUAACACCGUGCCGUCAGCACACGAUGUUGCAUUAAGCGGUACACGUCCCCAUCUAUGGGUGACAAAUUAAUUCCCUUGAGGUGCUUUGCCUAUGGCCAAAUCAUCCUGAAUGAGCUCGAUAUUAUCACAUCUCGUAAGCUAAGCAGUGAUGAGCCCGGCUGGUGUUUGGAUGGUAGACUGCCUCGGAAUACAAAGGGCCCGUCCAUAAGUGACGACACGCGAUUUUGGACGAUUUUUGACCCCCCC